AUGUACAUCCCACCAUUGUGCCCUAUCAUUGGCCCAUAUUUCUACAACCCUUCAGUCUUUCUCCAAUUUCUGUAUGUCAUCAUAAACCAUGCAAGAUUUGCAAAAUCUAUAACUCAAAUUGCAAUGGUGUUGAACAGAAUGACUUGCGUUAUGAUGCCUGCUGGAUACGAUCAUAUGUGGAAGAAACUAACCCCGAUGGUUUGGGUCUCUCUUUUGGUUAUUCCGUUCGGUGGAACAUGGAAUUGUAUAAUUUCCAGGGUGUACAUCGGACCCUUUCGUGGCGGAUUUACUAUGAAUUAUAUAAGAACUGUUGAAUGGGCAGCGGUCUCAUUCUUCCAGUCAAUUUACAUCCUUACUGCAUUACUAUUCACUGUCAUCUGCACCACUGUCACAGUUUACAAGCUUUUUAUGUUAUCCAGACGAAUAAAAUCCGUGGAAAAAUCGUUGUUCCUUUCGAGUAUUCUAAUUUCAAUAAUUUUUCUUCUAGUUGGAGCAACACAGCUAGCUUUCGCAUUCUGCUCUGUUUGUCAAGGUUCACUGCUAUACGUUCUUCAGUUGUUGGCAUUCGACACGUUCACAGUUGGCUCAGCAGUCAUCAUGAUUAUAACUGAUAAGAGACUGCGUUAUUCAGUACUUCCGUGUCUCUGGGGACCGAAGAAAAUUUAA